AUGUCCAGGUCCUUCUACGUCGACUCUUUAAUAAUCAAGGACACGGUGCGGCCGGGACCGGCUGAGCACCCGGGACAAGACUUCCUCAUUCCCAUCAGCAUGCACUCUCCCAGCGUCAUGACGGUCACGGCUCCGGUGUGCCCGUCCAGGAAAAACGGGACUUUCUGUGUUUGCCCGCUGUGCGUCACGUCCCACAUCCACUCUUCCCGCAGCGGCAUUCCCAUGCUGAAGAGUCAGUUUCCGGGAGCGGAGGCGCAGUACUGUCAGAGGAUAGCGCACCAGCAGUCUCCGGCACUCGCUCACCCGGGACACACACCUGUCUGCACGCCCACCUUCAGCGUCACAGACCCCAGGAGAUACCACUGUCUUUCUAUUGGCGCCUCUGAGAACAGCCACAUACAGAAUGGCAAGAGGAUGCGCACGGCUUUCACGAGCACGCAGCUCCUGGAACUUGAACGGGAGUUUUCCACGAACAUGUAUCUGUCGAGACUCAGAAGAAUCGAAAUCGCCACGUAUUUGAACCUGUCGGAGAAACAGGUGAAAAUCUGGUUUCAGAACCGCCGCGUGAAGCACAAGAAGGAGGGCAAAGCCACCCAGAGGAGCGCGCACAGCGGGUGCAAGUGCACAAGCGCUCACACAGACUAUUCAAGGUCAGAGGACGAGGAGUCUCUGUCUCCUGCCUCUGCUACGGAAGAGAAAGAGGUGUCACCCAUCUGA